GACGCGGGGCAUGCUGGGAAAGAAAUCCAGCAUCCAAUAUGGCGACUUCCACAGGAGAGGAUGGAAAGGCUGUUUGCACCUCAGAUGUGGAUUUAUUACUGCACCCCGAGCUUUUGUCUCGGGAUUUUAUGCAGUUAAUAUUAAGUGAGAAACACGUCAGGAUCAGCCGUUGUGAGAGUCGGGACCACCUCACAGAGAUUUACCUUCGACAUGUGAUCCCGCUGCCGCAGAGGACUUUACCAAACAGUCGCUGGGGCAAAAGGAUGGAGAAGACCCGGGGGAGGCAGACCCCGGCGGGUCAAAGGUCAGACAGUAACGAUCACAAUAGAAAAAGGCCUGUGAUUGUGUUCGAUGGCAGCUCCUCCAACUCUGGCCCAUUAAAAGUAAAGAAACCCGAGGGAACCUCUGUGUCAACUGGAAUCACCGACAGGUUAAAACCGCCCCCUGCUGCAAACCUGCACAACCCCAUCCGCAAGUUAUCUGGAAACACGACAUCCUCUUCCUCAGCCAUCCACAGCAGCCCGGACGCAGCCAGUCUGAAACGGGAAGCCAAUAGCUCGGGUUCAAUGAACUCUCCAGAGGCGAAGAAAAAGAUCCAGCAUGUGACAUGGCCCUGACCAAAUGCCCCUCUUCACACAGACCUGAUGGGAGCCCACACUCCAACUUAAUGUUGUUGCUAACCACCUCUUACUCUCUCAAUCGUUGUUGUCUCACUAAUGGCAUCACAGACGGGGAUAAAAAAUAAAAUAAAAUAAAAAACUUUUAUCCUGUGUGAAGGCCGAUCACAGCUCUGGUUCUGGAGCUGUAAGCAGAUAGGAUGACGUGGAGUAAAGAGCUUCCUCUUGCUUUCCCUCAACCUCAAGUGUCCUUACCAUCAAUGAUAAGCAACUCAACUUAAAGUCCCCCCACAUGGAGACCUAGAGGAGAAAAUACAACUUGUUUUCUGAAAUAAAUUUAUGGAAAUGAUGGUUGUUGAUAUUCUGUUUCUGGGCACGAUUUGGUUCUGGCAAGAAGGGAGGGAUAGUAAGUCAUGAAGAGAUUUUAAUUCAAAUGCCACUGUCUCUCGUAGUUGUCAUUGUUGAAGAAAUAUUGAACCUCAAAGAGAUGGACAUAUCUGAGAGGCUUUUUGUACAAGUAAACAGGCAGUGAUUAAAUCACAGUAAAAAUCCAACCCCUGAUUAUGCUGAAAAUGCUGCGGUGGUAGUUAGUGUCAUUUUUGUUCUUAUUAAACUCCAUUUCACUGAGGUUUGUAUUCAUUAAAUCCUUUGUGCUAUUUCACAAAAUGUUCAGGUUUUUUCAGAAUAAAAGCAGAGCGGUAUUGGAACACGAUGAGACGAGAUGUCUAUUGCUAAUUUUGUCACAAUAGGAAGCAGGGAGCUUACAUUCACGUGUGUGAAUACAACUUUUUUAAUAACUCAGACAAUUAAAAGGAAUACGACCUAAAGCAAGAACAAUGUCUUUUUUUAAAAUAUAUUUAUUCAUAAUUAUGAAUACAUUGACUCUGUAGUUAUUAUCUGUGAAUAUGAUGUCAUCAGGAACACGAUAAACAAAAGCAUUUUUAAUUCUUGUCAGAUUCAUUGUCAUGUUUGUACCAACUGAUUUUUAAAUAAAGUGUCUCAAUAAAAUUCA